CGAGCUCGAACGCACACCCCCCACGGCCAUAUUGAUCCCGUGAGGACGAGCGACGCAGAGCCCGAGAUUUUCACGAAUUUCUGCCAAUUUCGGGGAUGAAUUGGGAAAAUGAGCGAUGAAGAGAGGGAUAUCGACAUUGAGAGUGAUGAUGAUGAGUCACUGCAGGGGGGCACGCGCGGGGAGUUCCAGUUUGCAUCGCAGGCGGAGAAGAGGGCUCACCACAAUGCCCUCGAGAGGAAACGCCGCGAUCACAUCAAGGAUUCCUUUUGUUCCUUGAGAGAUUCUGUGCCUUCUCUGCACGGAGAGAAGUCUUCGCAGGCCAGCCGUGCACAAAUAUUGAAGAAAGCUGCCGAUUACAUUGAGUUCAUGAGACAGAAGAACUCUGCUCACCAGCAGGACAUUGACGAUCUGAAGAAGCAGAACACUCUUCUUGAAAACCAGAUUCGAUCUUUUUCAGUCCGUUCUCUAGAGAAGACCAAGUACACUGGCAACUUUGCAGCUAUGACCAGCAACAACGCUCUUCUCAACAACAAAGCGGGUUCCCUUGUGGAGUUUGACGGCUCUGGGUCGGACACCAGUGAUUCGGAGAUGUCGAACAGCGUCCGUCGGAAAGAAGCUGAAGACGUAGCCAAAGCAGCGGGUGGGAAACCUGUACAUUGCUAGUUGAUAUCUGAGAGGAAGCAAGAACGUUGAAGAAAAAUAGGAAGAAGAUGGAGAAAAGGCGAGAGACAGAGAGAGAGAGAUAGCGUAAAAUGACAGUUAUAAAUUUUCUUUUUUGUUCCCUCCCAUUCUGUUAUGCAACAACAGAGAAAUGUCAGUACAUAGAGCAGAGCAGUGAUGGAGUUUUAUGUAGGGGUACAAAGCAUAAUAGUUCCGUGGUUUCAGUUUCUUAGAAGAUGGCUUUUGGGGGUAACCGAAGUCUCAAACAGUUUUACAAAUUUGCAAAAGGCCAUAUUUCAGAGCUUAAUGUUUCCCAACCAUCUUUUUUCUUUUUUCUUUUCUUUUUUUUCUUUUCUUUUUUAGGUCUUGGCUUUAGAUGAUGGUGCGUCUUGUACUGGUGCACGUUUCGUAUUUCUUAUGAUUACAAAGGUUUAUUUUAUUGUUACUGUUAUUAUUAUUUCUUUUUUAUUCAUUUAUUUUACAUAUUGAUUUUAUGUAUUUAUUUAUUUAUACACUUCUGUCUAGCUAUGUGCAUUAGAGGUGUAUGAUGUAGCCUGAUUGUAUUUCUGAUGCUGUACAUGGCUAGGUGGUUGCCUCCAAUAUUCCAGCACAUUUUUAGGAUCCCAAGUCAAGAUUUUAAAAAUAAUGAAAGGUUUUCUUUUUUCUGUAACUGUCAAUAAUGAUACAAAUACUAAUCCCCAGAUGUAAAUGUUAAACAUUUACAGUGCUGGAGAGAAAAAAAAAGCUGUUGAUAUAUAGCAAGAGUUCAUUUAUUUCAUAUGUAUAUUUUUUUUUUUUUUUUUUUUUUUUCAUUUGUAUUUUUAGGCUUGACAUGUAACAGUUCAAAGUAUGACUGACUGGGUGUAAUGCCGAAGAAAGUAGGAGAGAAAUUUUCUCAUGUAGUGGUAGCAAUUUGGGUCUGUUGGUUAUAAGAGUUUAAGUGUAAAUGAUGGAGAAGUGUGUGAAUUUUUUUUUUCUUUUGUAUUUCUUAUUUCCUUAAUGUUCUUUAUUAUUGUGAUUUUAAUUUUUUCUAUUUUUUGAACUUUAUUCUUCAAAUUCCACACAUUUCCAGAAGAUUCUAUAUUUAUGUACAGUAUUAAAACUUAAAAAAAAAAAAUAAAGAUAUUGAUGUUCAGACAUAGUGUAUAUUAUAAAAUUUCCUGGGGAUAUGGUGACAUCCAUGUAUUAAUUGAAGGAAAGGAAAUUGCAGUUAUGAUGCUAUAGUUAAUCAGUAUGAUGUCAAGCGAUGUAUAGUGGAGGUGUACAUUCGCUUCAGAAAAGUUCUUAAAGAGGCUUCCUUGUGGAAUAUAAAGAUACAGAAGAAUGAGGCCAAUUUAUUCUAAUGUGGAUGUGCUUUCCAGCGCCAUGUGCCAGGUUCUCUUUGCAGAAAAACUAGAAGCACAGGCAAUGCUUAUGUCACUUGGUCUCUAUGAUUUUGGCUGCAACACUCAUGAUCUUUCAGAUAAUGAGCUAAAAAGAGAUAUUAAGACUACAUUGAGGUAUUUGUACCUCCUCAAUCACUGUGGUUUGGGCCAAAGGAGUGGAUAAAUGCACACAGCUGAGAGCAGGCUCAAUCAUACAUGGCAAAGGUACUAGCUAUGUGACAAAUCGGCCCAAUUUUCCAUGGCAAAAAUAGAUGCCAUCUUGCAUUAAUGGGUUAAUGUCUCUCCUUCACUGCAAAUUGUCAUUUUUGACAAUUAUCAGCAUUUAGUCCUGUGUAUAUAUAAAAUGAUAAAGAAAAAAGGUUUCCAAUUUUUGUAAUGAGCUCUUACACCACUUGUUUCCCUUUCUUUAAUGCUUCAAACACUAAAGCCAGAACAGGCCUGAAUAUCUGUUCAUAUAAAUGUGUUUGUUUUCAUAUAAAUGACAUUCCAGAUUCCUUGUCUUAAAGAUACUUUAACAUCUUAAUGAAGGGCAAAGAUAAGUAUAUUACCUCAACUGCAGGCUGCAGCCACAUAGCAAACAAUCUUCCAGAAUGACUUACUGCCAUUAAUAGAUACAUAUGAUUUUAUAUGUAAUUAAUAACAAUGCUUUCUCUUUAGUAAUCUAAGUAUCAAGGUAUAAAAAGUCAAAAUUUAUGGUUCCAAAGGAACAAGAGAAGUCUCAAGACAUUUUUUAUAGGGGAAAGUAUCUUUUGAAAAAUAACUAUUUAAUGUGUAGAUAAGCAGAAACAAACAGGAAUUCAACAGAGCCAAUAUUUUAUAUAAAUAUUUUAUUAUAGAAAAAUGGUUAGGGUUACUUGUUCUGAUAGCAUGUAGGUAUUAAAGGGAAGAAAGUAUGGAAAAUACAUAGACAUAACAUUAUGAAGUAAGUGUGCAGUUAUAUAUUUAAGAUAUGUUGCCAAUAUCCCCGUAUAUUCUUGAUGAUUACAAUUAUUUCUAUGUCUUUUUCAUUUCUGUAAACUUAGCUUGAAAAAUAUGGGAAAAGAUUUUACAUUUAAUUGCAUGGAAGGAAAAAGGAGAAACAAGAAAAUGUAUUUGGAAAUAAGUAAGAACAUCACUAGAAAAAUGGCAGCAUAGAGAACAAAAGUGGUUUUAAUUUGAAACACCAGUGAGAUAAUUUCAUCAAUAAGACAUAUGCAAGGAAAUCUGAGCCAAGAUGGUGGUGUGAUGUGAAGACUUCUUUUUCCUGUUACCUUGGAUUUUUUUCUUAUCUUUUAGUUUAAGGAAGCUGUUUUUAUUCCUAUUUCCUUGUAUGUAAUAAACUUCUGUUCUGAA